CUAGCCCCGUGCCUCUGCCCGCGCCCCGUGCCUCUGCCCGCCGCAGGGUCCCCUAGCCGCGGCCCAGCCCGCGCCCCCGGUGCGCCCAUCUCAUUGGCUGAAGGCAUCCCCCCUGAAUUCUCAUAGGCUGUCCCACUUUUCCUCCGCCCCCCGCACGGACCGCGCGCCGCCAGAGCCGGGGAAGCUGCUCUAAGUCCGGGCCUGGGCGCCGGGGCUCGGCUCUGCUCCGCGCUGCGAGAGGAGCGGGGCGCGGGGGCCCGGGACCGCUGUUCCCACCCGGGGACGCUCUUGCGGAGCCGAGCCCGGCAAAUGGGCGCACGAGGAAGAGAGCAGGGAAAUGGACUGCUAUUUGCGCCGCCUCAAACAGGAGCUGAUGUCCAUGAAGGAGGUGGGUGAUGGCCUCCAGGAUCAGAUGAACAGCAUGAUGGGGGCACUGCAAGAACUGAAGCUUCUCCAGGUGCAGGCGGCACUGGAACAGCUGGAGAUCUCCGGAGGGAGUCCGGCCCGGAGCUGUGCGGAAAGCCCCCGGACACAGCCCGAGCCCCCUCCAUGGGAGGGUGGCAGAGGCCCUGCCAGGCCUUCAGCCUGCUCCCCUUCCAACCAACCUUCUCUGAGCGCCAAGUGUACAUCCCAGAGGAGUGUCUGCGGGCGGGAUCUGGACCCCCUGGCCAGGGCACAGCUACCAGAGCACGGAAGCGGGGCCCGGCCGGGGCCAGAGACGGCGGAACCGGAAGACUGGACCUCCACGUUGAUGUCCCGGGGCCGCAACCGCCAACCUCUGGUGCUAGGCGACAACGUUUUCGCGGACCUCGUGGGCAACUGGUUGGACUUGCCAGAACUGGAGAAGGGUGGGGAGAAAGGAGAGGCGGGGGAGCCCAAAGGGGAGAAGGGCCCGCCCCGGGAGCUGGGCCGCAGGUUUGCCCUCACGGCAAACAUCUUUAGGAAAUUCUUGCGCAGUGUGCGGCCUGACCGAGACAGGCUGCUGAAGGAGAAGCCGGGCUGGGUGACGCCCACGGCCUCGGAGCCCAGGGCAGCCCGCUCACACAAAGUCAAGAAGCGGAGCCAUUCCAAGGGCUCUGGACGUUUCCCUUUCUCAGGCCCUGCAGAGCCCAGAAGGGGGGAAAGUCCUUCCACAAGCUGCCCCAAGGCCCUGGAACCCUCACCUUCUGGCUUUGAUAUUAACACAGCUGUUUGGGUCUGAGUCCUAGAGACAGAAAGUUGACUGAACCCAACGGGCCCAGGUGUCAGUGCUGGGCCCUGGGAAGAUGCCAUGUGGGCACUGUGGCUUUCAAAAGCCUGACUCCGAGUUCCUUUCCUCGAGAAAGGAGGGAGAAGCAGCAAGAGUGUCUGGAGUAGGGCUGACAGGUGUGUGGCUGAGAGAGGCCGUGGUGGGGGCUGGCUGGUGGGAGGGGAGGGCUCCUAGACUGAAAGAGAGACAGAGAGAGAGAGAGACAAGUGCUCACUUUGGGGCUGCAGGUGACAAUGACUGGCAGGGAGAGGAGACCAGGCAAUCCUGACAUUCCUUCAGGGCCCCCAAAGACCUCAGCUGAACAUUCUGUUUGGAUCAGGGCACUGGGGUCUCAGGCUUCCCCAAAGAGGCCCCCAGUAAAGACCUAUCUUUUGUGGUCUCACCCUUAUAACCAUUGGCUUCCUUGGCGAAGCACUGCCCCAGGCACAGGCAUGAAAUCCAGGCCCUGCUGGAACUGGGAUCAACAGAGAGGAACCUCCCACCCCCACCCCUGUUGCCUAAAUUUAAGAUUUCAGCCCAUUCAGCCCGGUCCUGACAAAUGGGCUGAAUAAGGAGUGUACCUAUAGGAGGGCUUGAGAUAGCCCCAUGUUUUUUCAAAAGCACAGGAAAGAUACUGGUAAAGCACUUUAAAUGUUGGAAAGCCUUUUCAUAUCCACUGUCUCCUUUGGAGUAAGCAAGGAGGGCAGUUAUUAUCCCAUUUUCCAGGGAAGGAAGCCAGCCUUGAUAUGCCACCUGCGGGCAGGAGGCAGGCCAGUGCAGGGCUGGCCGGAAGGGCAGCCGCUGGGCCUUGGAGUCACACGCGCGCCUUCCCCAGCACCCCGCCUCCAGCACCAAACCCGCACUUGGACACAGCCCACGGAGGUCCCCCAGCAAGGCGAAGGUGCGCCCCUUCGAAUCGCUCCCUUAUUUUUGGAUUCCUAGCCUCAUCCCCGCGGCCUCCCUCCAUCCUGGACGCGGAGGCCCCUGUCUGGCCGGACCAGACCGCCGGCGGCGGCGGCAAAGGGGAAGGGCAGGGCAGGCGGCAGCUCCGCUCCGAGCCCGGGGCGCCUAGAGUUUUCCUGGAGGGGCGCACGUGGCCCUCGGCGCUCCCCGGGGAGCUGCCGGGCUCCCAGCCCGCCGGGAACGCCCGCUGGCUGGGAAGAGACAAUGUGGCUCUCUGUUUGGGCCGGGCCCGCCCUGCAAGCCCUCCCUUCGCCCCUCCCAGCUGAGCUCCCCUCCGCCUGAUGGGGGGUGACAGCUGCAAUUAGAGGCAAGCCGCCUUCCCGCCCUCGGAGCAUUAACAGCAAAUUGGAGGAGAAAAAUAACAAGAAAGGCUCUUCCUGCAUCCUGGACCCCUGGAGACUGAGAUGGAGGAGGGAGGAGGCUUAGGACAGCAGCUCCACAGCUGGGGUCGGGGCCAGUGAGGGCCACUCUCAGAUCCCCCACUCAAUCCCAUGGGAGAUGCUUAGUUCUCGGUGGCGGAGGCUACCAGACAGAAGGUGCUAUUUUUAUUUAUUUUCUCCAGUGCUCGCUUUUUGCCAGGCAGUGUGCAGAACCAUGCCUUUCAAACUGCGGAAUGACCCUCUGAAGGGUUGCCUUCCCAGUAGAUCAGUGGAAGCCCUUAGGGGUCAUCCAGGCUCCCCAGAUGGGGCUUUUUUAGUGAAUGGAAGGACCACGAUUUGAAACAGGAUUGUCCCGCUGCAAAACGGCCUUUUCUACUCUCCCUGGAGUUUGCCGGGUGAGCCAGCCCUUUCUGGAAGAGCGAGACCCUGCUUAUCCUUGCUGUCUCCCCAGGAAACUGGGGGAGUUCAGUGCUGGGGGAAAGCCCACCAGUUGUGGCUGCCUUGCUGGGGGUGGGGCGGUGCGUGUGGGUUCAAGUGUGUGUGUGUGUGUGUGUGUGUGUGUGUGUGUGUGUGAGGGAGAGAGAGAGAAGAUUCUUCCCACUGGGCCGUGGUGAAGUCACCAAGCUCUCCAUCCAGAAUGAUUCCACAGGAAACCAGGUUCCCUCUUGGCCAUUCAUCCGUGAUUCAUCUGUUCUGUGGACGGGUCAUCGCAAUCCAGACCGAUUUAACAAAACUUUGUUGAACAUCUCCCAAUGCCAGGCACCGAGACAGGACCUAAAAGCAGCAAGGAAUAGGACCCGGUUCCCAGCCCAAGGGGUUCAGUGAGAAGAUGCAACUCCCAACCCAUCGGUUGGCCAGAAGGGUUCCAAGGGCAUGACAACUCACUUUAACUCGGAGCCAGAACAAAACAGGAGUGACAUUUGCCGCCAACAGAACUCACAGGCAUCAGGCACCUGCCAUCCUCGCAUUCUUAUUUCCUUCUCAACCACACUCUGGGAGUGGCUGCUGGUCCUCUCACUGUACAUGGAGAUGCUCAGAGAAGUCGAGCAACUUGCCCAAGGUCACCGCAGCAGAGCUGGGAUUGAAACAGUCCCGAUGGACUUCCAGCCUUGUGUUUUUCACACUAUCCCAUGAAGUGUCCCUUUCUGCUCCAAAAGCCAAGUCAAGAGGAACAACAACAAAACCUGUCCUCCCCAUAUUAUCCAUGCAUGGAUAAUAAAUGGAAUGCUCACUGUCCGUGGGGGGAAUUCUGCCCUGGUCUUGACUGGGCUGGUGUAAUGCCCUCAUCACAAGGUCAUGCUUUGCUAAUGAAAGGCUAUGGCCAGUUCAUUUACACACACACACACACACACACACACACACACCCCACCACCACCUUUUGCUUUUCCUUCUUUUUCUGGGCUUUUGUUGUGACAGGAUGGAGACUGUAUUUCACUGAAGCUGAGGGGAGAGGUGAAUGGGAGUGCCUGGGACCUAAGUGAUGCAGGGAGGUGUAGGGGUGGGGAGCAGCCGGAUGAGGGGGAGGUAGUGGAAGCAGAGGGAAACUGACAGCUUAAUUCUGCCCCUGGGGCUCAUUUUAUGGUUAAUUAGGACAUGCAAAUAAGCUGGAAGCUCAUUUAAUACUCUCCCUGGCAUGGAGCCCCGCCUCACACCUGGCCCACUUCCCUGGCAGGUACAGGGCCCCCCUGAUUGGCCCAGGCAUCUGCUCAGGCCUCCACCUGCUUCUCUGUGGCUCUGUGGCCAGAGCGUGUCUCUAGAUGUUCCCUUAAGCAGGAGCUGGAAGAGUCUUUGCUGGGCCUGCCUGCUUUUCCUCCUCUUCUCUUCCCAACCCUUCAGGGCUGGGAUUCUCUUUCCCAGAGGGCCCCCUAAGCACAUCCCCUGUACCCACCCCUCAGGUUGAGACCUGAACCCAAACUUCAGAGGAAUAGAGACCUGGUUUGGCUCUGUCCCCAUGACAUCCCCCUGGCUCCCCGCUAGGGAGGGGGCACCCCAUCUUUCUCAAGUCACCCAUUUCCUACAGGGCUUCCAUAAAAGCAAAAUCACAGCUUGUGACUUUGGGGAGCAGGGGCCUAUCUCCAGCUUUCAAUGCACCUCAGGUCCCCCGCAGCCCCCCAAAGCAGUUAAGUCACUUCUGCCAGUACCUUGGAAUGAGCACUGGAUGAAAUGUCCAACAGGACAGGAGACCCAUUUCUGUCCCUGUCAGCUUGAGGAUGUCGCUUGAUCUCUCUGAUCCUCAUUUGUCUUGUCGAUGACAUGGGGAUAAUGGAGGGCUGCUGCAGAUUUAGAAAAUGAAACACACCAUCUAGAACACAGCAGAAGCUCUCACUGGACAGCCUGACCUUUGGUUUAGGCACUAACCAUGUGAACCAGAGCUAAACCAUUGAAAAUAACAAAAAAACUUUCACUGGGGCUUGGUUUCCUCUUCUGAGUGUACCCUGACCCUAUUACCUCACCAGACUAUAGCAAGGAUCAGAGAAGACAAGAGGUUUCUCUAUUGUCUUCUCUACAAUGUUUUUGUACAUGGUAAAAAUACAAGCCAGGUGGGCUGUUAUUUGCCGAAUGACAAGCAAUUUAUACUCUCUCAUAGAGGAUUGUGUGUGUGGGGUGUGUGUGGAGAGGGCAGCAGGCGGGGGGUAGGGGGGUGAGCACAGAAAUGGUGCUUGAGGACCCCGAUGCCUAAGGAUGGGCUCUAGAGGACACUGACACCCCUCUGUCUUUCACAGUCCCUCUGUCCCCAGCUGUCCCUCACAGUCAACCCACAGGCCCUCAUAUUUCUGGCAAGCACUAGAGAGUUGAAUGAGCCACGUUCUGGAGGCUUUGAGAAGAAUCCAGCCCCUGAUCUGCUCUCUGCUCUUUAAGGCCUUGGUCCCUAGAGUCCCUGCCGAGCUCCACACCUCAUCCCCUACCAUCCCCUCAGUCACCCCGGGGGGACUAAUGGCUUCAAGGGGCUAGUGGCUGUCCUGCUGAGGUCCACUCCCCUUGAGGGGGCCAGAGGUUCCCUGAAACGCUCUGUCACAGGAAGUCUCAAAGCUCGGGAUGGUGCUCAUGGAGGAAGGGCCUAGUAGAUCCAGGGGAUGGGGUAAGAUAAGGACCUCAGACUGUAGUUACCCCCUUGGUACCAUUUUUCUUUUUUUUUUACUUUUAUUUUUAAACUAAGCUUUACACUCAAUGUGGGGUUUGAACUCAGGACCCUGAGAUCCAGAGUGGCACAGUCUAUUGACUGAGCCAGCCAGGUGUCCCAGACAGCAGUCCCCCCACCCCUGUAGUAGUAUUAGGAUGUCCCUGCCCGCCUCUUGCUUCCUCUACCCAAGACUGUAAAACGAAGAGGAUGAGAACUCUCCCAGAUUCACUCUGAAUUUGACAAAGGACUUAGUACCUGCUUUUCUCUCCCUGCCCAUCAAGCAUCUGGACAGGCCCUCUGCCCACGGCCUCCAAGCUCCGGAAGAACUCCCCGCAAAUCCUGCCGCAUGCACACCCAGGGGUCACAGUGAAGUUAGUCUUGGCAGUGUCCCUGAAACAUCCCAGAGUCUGCAUUCUGUCCCCUCCUGAGCCCUCCUCUUUCUUCCUCCCCUUCUAGGUAGGGUCCCUGCCCCCCUACCACCAGCUCUCUGAAGGAGAGAAUCUGUAUUUCUGGUCAGAGACAGGCCUCUGAGGAACUGUGAGGCAGGGAGCCCUUCUGGGGGUGCCUACCCCUCAAUGCAGUGCUCGGGGCAAUCACAGUCUGACAAGGGACUGCACUACUAGUUUUUGCUGCCUUUUGGCGGGGCCUGGGUGCAGGAGGGAGCAGGCUCUGCCUCCACGUACUGAGGCCACAGCUGCUGCCUUCCCUGGCUUCCACUCCACAGAAUCCAUUCUCCCUAGAUCUGCCCCUCUGGGCACGGCACCCCAGCUGACCGACUGCCCCAUUCCAGGGAUCUAGGAAUCACUGCCCCAAAUCACCUCUGGUCUGCUUGGCCCCUCCACCCUCUCCUGACCACGACCCAGCUCUGGGCUGUCCUCUCUCCUCUUCCUGCCCUCUCCAGUCCCAGAAAGAAGCCCGCUGGCCGCCUCCAGCUGGUCAGGAAGGGCUGGUUCAGACACAGCAGGGGCCACCUACACCCUGCCCGAGGCUGCCUGGUGGCCCUCAGGGGCACCACUUGUUGGGGGGUGGGGUGUCUGACUCCCAGGGAAGACCGGAAGGACCGGUCCCAGGACUCUUCCCAGGACUCCCAGGGAAGAGUCCUGGAAGAGUUCUGGGACCGGUGGCUGCGACUGCAGCCCAUGGGCUGCCCAUGGGAGGGGAGCACAGGGGAACAGAAGGAAAUGUCUUCUUCCUCACUUGGCCUCACCUUCCUAGGUGUCUGGAGACCCGGCCCUGCCCACUCAGACCGGGGGGGGGGGGGGGGACUUGCUCCUUGAUCCUCUAGGGAGGUGUGCUACUCAGUGCUCCAAGUGUGGGCUCUUUGCCUCUAGGUCCUUCCAUGGGCUGUUUAAAGGGCACCACCUCUGUGAAGCCCUCCCCAGGGGCCGCAUCUGUACACUCAACCACGGGACCCACUUUUCAAUUGCUCAUGUGCAUGUUCAUCUUCCCCUCUGGAUCGUGAGCCCCUCCAGGGUGGCAAGGACUCAUUACUCAUUUCUGUACCUCCAGGACCGAGCACAGGGCUCUCAGUUUGUUUGUGACCUCUCGACGUUGGGGUGAGCCCUCUGAUGUGCCCGGCUGCUCCCAAGACUCACUUCCAGGACAGCUGACAAACUCCUUCCUAGCCCCGUCUCCGAGCUGGGGUGCAGUCCCCUCUGUGCCACCUGUUACUUUGCCUUCUCCACCCUAGCUGCCCAGGCCAGUUCUGUUCUCCCGCAGGCUGCCUGGGGGACUGCCGUGCCACUGAGCUUCCCAGAGCUCGGGCCCUUCAGAUGGCUACCACAGCCGCUUCUCUCCCAGGCCUGCUCCGGCCCCAGUGGGUCCCCCUUCCCGCCUGCGCCCUCUCCACCGGUCUUGCCAACCCGGCUCAUCUCCUCGUCUGUUUUGGCAACGACCUCUGGCCCCUUCCUCUGCCCGAGUUUUUCCCUAACUUGCCUCGCCAGGGAUCCCCACCCCUCCUGGGGACAUUGAGUCUGCUAGAUUCUCCUUCACCCAUUGUGAUUAUGGAGGGUCAGUCAGGGCGGGGCAACGGGGAAGGAAGUUGAGAGUUGGGCGUUCAGGCCUCCCUACCUCCAACCCUGCCACUGGCCACACUCCAGGCAUUGUCUCCGGGGGACUGAGCUGCCCACAAGGCAGCAUUUGUAGUCAUUGGUGUAAAGUGGUAGGAAAGGGGAGGGUAGGAGGCAUAAAUUUUUUUUUUUAAGCAAAAAACCAAAAAACAAAAAACAAAC